AUGGCUCCCACCACUCUCCGUAUCGCCUUAGACUGGACUCCCAACACCAUCCACAGCGGCCUCUACCUUGCCAAAGCCAAAGGCCUCUACGAGAAACACAACCUCCACGUCGAACUCCUCCCCCCGGAUGCCCAAUACACCAAGACGCCCGCCAAGAGGGUAGAAGCCGGCGAGGUAGACCUCUGCAUCUGCCCCUCCGAAUCCUGCAUCGCGUACAAUGAAGGCGGCAAGAUGAAAUUGCAGGCCAUCUACGCCAUUCUCCAGAAGGAUGCUUCGGCCAUAGUCGGGACGGCACUCCACAGCAUGAAAGAGCUGGGGAGAGGGGAAGGGAAGAAGUAUGGCUCCUACAACGCGAGAUACGAGGACGCGAUCGUCCAAGCGAUGGUGCAGAAGGACGGUGGAGACGGCGCGAAGAUGGAAAUCGAGCGCUCGCAGGGGAAGCUGCGCAUGUUUGAUGCCGUCAAGGAGGGCAAGAUUGACGCAACCUGGGUCUUCAUGCCGUGGGAGGGAGUAGAAGCCGAGAUGGAAGGGGUUUCGAUGAAAGCUUUCAGACUGGCCGACUCUGGCAUUCCGUACGGCUAUUCUCCCGUCAUUGCCCGAAACGCAGACAGGAGUCCAUCGGAUGAGGUACUUGAGGCUUUUGUCACGGCUACGAGAGAAGGCUAUACGCGUGCAAUUAAAUACCCUCGUGAAGCUGUGGAUGUACUCAGAGGGGAGACGAUUCCGCAGCGCUCAGACGACUUUCUCCAGAAGAGCCAGGCUAGCAUCAAUCACUUUUAUACGGAUGACCACCCACCUGGACAUAUGGACGCCGGCAAGUGGAGCGUCUGGCUACAGUGGCUGAAAGACAACGAUCUGCUUACCGGACCUGAAGAGAUCAAGGUGGAUCACAUCUUUACCAGCCAAUUUGCAUAA